AUGGCCAGCAGAAUGGAUGUUGACUCUCCCAACCCCAAUCUACCCAAGCGACUCGGGGGCCGGUUGUCACUUGCACCUUCGACCAAAGCGCAAGAUCCUCGGCUCGCCGGUACUGUUAGGCAAUCAGUUGAUCUUCAAUCGUCAAAUGCCCAACAGUUACAUGUAAAUCUCCCCGCAGAUCCCGCUUUCGUCCAGAAACCUCCUGCAAAAUCGCUCCCCCAGGUGCCUGCACUCUCGAUCCCUAACAGCGCCCCGGGCCAUACGUCCACGGAAUUCCCAAGUGCACCCAGUCGCCAAAGCGCAUCGUUGAUCUCGGAUUUGGUCAACUCAUUGAUUAAUGUGAACAAGUGCGAGGAAGAGAAAGAGAGACUCCAAAAGGAAAUAGUUUCUAUUACCAAAAACCUACAGAGGGCGAAGCAGUCUCCACAAUUUCCGAGUGUCAUCGCUCUCUUCCAGCAACAGCUGGACGCGGCCAAAGAUGAAUUAGCCAACCAUGUCAAGUCGAUCACCCAGCAUCGAUCACUCUCCAAUCAGGCGCAGGAUAAUUUUAAUUCGACAUUGUCGCAUUUCAAGCCUCAGCCACAUCUCGAAAACAUACCAGGGAGGGUGGAGAAGCUGGAGUCCACAAUAAACGGAAUAGGGCAAGGCCGUGGCCCAACCACCGACGGUGAUAGUCCAACACAAGUGGAUACCGAAACUGGAAUGCGAGGCCGGGACCAAAAUAUCGCUGAAAUCAACGGAAAGCUGGAAAAAGUGCAGCAUGCCCUCGAGAAUCCCAAAGGAUUAGAGGAGGCACUAGAAUACAUCCAAAAGAUUGCAAACUCAGUCGCUCUUCAAUCAAAAUGGAAGGGUCAAUUCACGGACAAAAUGUCAAGCUUUGAAGUCGAAGUGAAGGCUGCCGACAAGAAGCUUGAUGACAAGGUUUCUAUUAUCAAGCAGAUGGUCGACACCGUCGAGGAAGAAGUGAAAGUUUCCAACGAGCAGCUAGAGUCCAACAUUUCGGAUCUUGGUUGCAAACUGAGAACUACAAAUGAACAGCUUCAGGGCAAGCUUUCUUCCAUUGAAAGCGAUGUCAAGUCGCUCAGUACCACGAGACUUAGUAUCAAGAAUAGCGCGUCGACUCGAGUUUCACAAAUUGAAACUGACUUGGAAGCUCAAAGGAAGCAAGCCACGGAGCAGAUUACCGCCCAAGAAAAACUUCUGGCCUCACUCAGGACCCAGCAACAAAACCUUGAUAACAGCGGCCGGGUCUCAUCAGAAACAACUCCUCUUCCCCACAGCGGGGUGCUUACAAGAGUGGUGUCUCUGGAAAAGAAAGUCCAGAACCAAGCAGACCUGCUUAACAACAUCAAGAACCUUCAUCACGACGUGGAUGUGAUCCGUGUGGGUGAGUUGAACUCUUUACGCCAGGACCAAGAAUCGCGCCAAAAAUCACUUGAAACCAAACAAAACGACACUUUAAAAAAGGUGGAGGACCUGACCAGGAAAUCCGAGGAAAUGACAAACGUUCAGACAACAUUCAAUGCGGCCCUUCUCCAAUUUAGGGCGUCUUUGCCAGUGAACUUUGAGCAGAUCCAAAAACAUGUUCAAAGCGGACUAGAUGGAUUCGAAACGCGCCUCGUUGCAGUCUCUAGUCUUCCUCAAGCUCUAACAAAGUGCGAGAGUAAAAUCGACUCUGUCAGCAGGGCAAUUCGCUCACUAGAAUCACGAUACUCCAAUAUCACUACAGGCGAAUUAGUGAAUUCCAUGGCACAUGCCAUGCAGCAAAUGUACCCCUCUGUUGAUCAACUGAGUCAACAAUUAACGGCCCACCGAACUGAAAUUGAAGCUAGACUUUCUGCACUCAAGAAAGACGCAGACGCGUUGAAGGUGGACACAGAAUCGUUCAAGGUAGAUACACAAAAAGCUCAGGCAGACGCACGGAAGGUCCAGCCUAGCGCAGAGAGGUCUGAAGCGGCGCAGGUGUCACCCGAACAGCUCCAGAAUUUGACUCAGAUGCCGAUUUUGCUUCAACAAGUCAAAGACCUUUCCAACAAGAUUGCACCGAUCGAGAUACUUAUCAAGGAGCAUGGUGAUGAGUUGCAGAGAAAUCUUGAACUACGCAGCGAAUUACAAAACAAAGUCACGGCUCAAUACGACACCAUCGAGGGCAUCUCUGAAAAGGCCGAUGACCAGGGUGUAGAGAUUGGAAACAUCAUCGAGUCCACGCAGCACAUCAGUCCAUUGAUCAACAAGGUCGAUGCUCACAUCUCGCAGCUCCAAGAUGUUCGACAAACAGUUGACGAGUUAACCAAAGGCGCGGCAAAGAGAGACGCUACCGCGAGUAAUAAUCUUGACAAGAUUCGGAUACGGCUGGAAAAGCUGGAAAGUCGGGGCGAUGUCGAAGAUGAAGUUCUUGACGAACUUCGGGGACAACUAAAAGAUAUAGAAAAGCAAAACACGACAGCGGAUCGAGGUCUUCACGAAGUCCGGAAAAAUUUACAAGACCUGAAAGAUCGCAAGGCAACGGAAGAUAACGAUUUUGGCAAACUCCGGAAUCAGUUGAAAGCCCUUGAAGACCUGGAACCACCGGUCUCAUUGAAGAAAUUCAACGAGCAGGGGGAUGAGGUAAAGAUGUACAUAAAGCGCCUGAGGAGCGCUGAAGACAUUUUCAAGGCCCUUGCGGGGGGAGCUAAAAUUUCUGAUGUUAUCGGUAAAAUGGAGGAGAGCACUGAUGGGCAGGAAUCUCCCCAGCCCCAACCAAACGGUCAUGCUUUCACCCCAAGGCCGACGGCAACACCAAAGACAGUUCCCAUGGGCCCUACUAUAGGUGGAUAUCAGCCGGUCCAGUUCAGCGUGAAGGGCCAGGCCGACAAUUCUGCGCCAACCGGUUCGAAGUCAAAUCAAUCUGCAACGCAAGCUCGUCAGCCUUCACAAACACUCAGUGGACCCAGCAACAGUCAUCCAUCGCCAUAUUCCGGCAAAACCGUUGAGCCCCGUCAGGUUCAACAUCUGAAAGGAAAGCGACUGAUGUCCUCUGUAAUAGACUCUGAUGACGACAAAAGCACAGCCGAAUCCUCUUCGGUGUUUGAGUCUUCACCAGGUCCUAGCUCUUCUACUCCGGCAUCUCUUACUCAGGGCUCUAGUAAAAAGGAAAAGAAGAAGGCGAAGAAGAGAGCGGAGCAGGCAGAAGAGAAUCCCAAGACUUCGAGUAGACCAGUCAAGAAGCGAAAGCGGAACAAGCAGGAUGGUUGA